AUGCUAUCCGGUAUUGAUCGAGCGCAAAUCGCUUUUGCUGGAUGUGUCAUUGUGACGGCGCUGACGAUGAUUUUUCAAUUGACUUUUCUGCCGAUACUGCUGAGAAAAGUGGAAAUGAGUCGACACGUUGUCAAGGAGAAAAUUCUGGGUUCGGAUGGAAAAGAUGGAAAGCCAGGACAAGAGGGAAGUCGAGGACGACGAGGAGAUGAUGAAAGAGAUCAAAUGAAUUGGCUCAAAGAGAAAUGUAUCAUUUGUCCACAAGGAACCCAAGGACCUAUUGGAGUGCCCGGUCUACAGGGAACACCCGGAGAAAAAGGCGAUCGAGGGUAUCCUGGAAUCCCGGGACGUGACGGGAAAGAUGGAUUGAUUGGAGAGGAGGGAGAGCCUGGUCUUCAAGGGUUUCGGGGUCGAAAUGGAGUCGCUGGGAAUCCGGGGAAAGCGGCGCCUGGAGGAGUUGGACUACCCGGACCAAAAGGAGCGCCUGGACCUGUGGGAAGAGCCGGUCUUCAGGGUGAGCGUGGGAAACGCAAUUAUGUUUGGGGUGUUUCUGGUCCACCCGGACAACGAGGGCCCCGAGGACUUGAUGGAAUCCCUGGAUCAUCGGGAAAACGUGGAAAUAAAGGUCGAAAACAUUUCCACCUUUCA